AUGGAAAUGGAUAUCGACCCGAGCCCCGCUUACCAGCGCUCCUCGCGCAAACAUCUACGGUCUAGCGACGACGAUACCUACGAUUGGAGCUCUGACAUAUCUGGACAAUUCGACGAUGCCGAAGAGACACAUGCAGACGAGCACCGAUCGUCGACGACGAAGCAGACCAAACGACGUCGCUCGAACGACUGGCCACUGCCUGAAGAAGCGGCUGAUUAUGGAGCCCAUGAUCGCCGCACCCAGCGCGGUGAGAACGGAAGUCUCAGCGUGAGCGCAAAUGGUUCAGGACGGAAAGUCUCACCACGCGCUUCACCUCGCGGCUCGCUCGCUUCGCUGCGCGCUCGUCAUGCUGCCGCAUCUGCUUCCAACCCCCGCCGUCUCAGAGGACGGACAUCGCGAUUCGUGGAAGCGACUAUGAGUGAUAGUAUCAGCGAGAAACCGCCCAGUAUCUACUUCCCGGAGCAGGAAAACAAGCAACCUGGCCUCCAGCGCCGCUCUUCUGGUAUUUUUCGGUUCGGGAAGGCUAUCGCCUCGGCCUUUAAUCCCUUCGGUGGAUGGGGAAAGAGCUCCGAGGGAUCGCCUAAUAAGUCUCCGCAGAAGGAUGUUAUCAACCAGGCCGAGCAGGCCUAUGCGGAACUGAAAAAGUCAGGCUACAAGGGUACGAACAAGGGUCAUUACAUGGAGGAUCUUGGUGUGAACACUGCCAUCGCCGACCAGACCUGGCAGUCUAUCCAGCAUAAGAUGGGAUAUGGUUCUCCACUCAAAGACUCGCAUUGUCACUCAAAUGAUCAAAGACACCAUGCUGCACCCUCGCGCUCUGAGUCUUCGGCUUCCAAACGCUCGUCUCUCCAGGACCUUCGCCUGCCAAAGUCCCUCUUCCAUAAAUCCCAUGGAUCGCCAUCUACUUCCCCUGCAGUGUAUUGCGAUAUGACUUCUGAUGAAUACGAGCCGACUGGACUGCGCAAGCGACCCUCCCGCAGGGAACUCUCGCGCCAAACCAAGCUGCUAAAGAAAGUUAGCAACCUCGAGGAGAAGCUGCAACGUGCCCGGCGGGAGCUUCGUGACCUCACAGGAAACGAGGAGCGGGUCCCAACACCUAUAACCCAACCAAAGGUCCUAAAUACCGAGAUGGACCCCGCGUUGUUCCCAAGAAAGUUCGUCCCCGGUGCACUUCCCACUCUGCCAUCGGAAAGGCUUCUUGAUCAACAGGCCGCAGAAAAUGAAGCGUCUGGAUCCGAAGCAGCCAACCUAACGGCCCUGCCGUCCAUGGAAGGCCGCGAAAGUUUCUCCUUCGAAGAAUCACGACCGCAAACCCCGGCUACGGCCCAAAGUCCAAAAUGGCUCUCGAAAGGGUCAAAGCCGUCAUCCAUGGGUAAGGACCGCUCUUCCCGUAAACGGAAGUCUUUCAUUCCUGAACCUAUCGAUAGUGGGAGCCCUCCUAAGCCCAAUUCGACGAAAGGCAUCAACGAUCACGAACGCGAGCAAGAUAUCGAGGGUCUGAUUGACGCCGGCCUACUUAACCCACCCGAAAAAGCGAAAUGGCUGAAAUCCGAGGCUGGUGAGAGCCCCGGCUCAGCCAAGCGCAAGCAAGCCAUCGAUCACGCAGCUCCCUCGACCGAGCACGAAGAAGAGGAUGCAGGAGGAAAUGCAAGUGUCACGCGCAACAUCAAAAGGUCCCCCUACGUUCAACCCCGAAAAGUCUCCGGAACCACCCGCUCACCAACUUCCAAGCCCACAACCCCUCUCCGUGUAAAGAAGAGCCAGGCCAGCAUGCGUCCGGCGUCUUCGCCUGCCGCUGCCUCGGACAGCGAUUCUCGUUUUAACAUCUGGUCCACGCCUCUGUCUGCUUUGCCAGGCGACUCCCACCGCGAUGCCUUCUACCACCACCCACAGCGCCAGCUCAAUCCUAACCGUAGCCCUCGCACUCCGACACGCCCAAAGACGGGUCAUACUCGGAGGCGGUCUGGAUAUCGCCUCGAUGACGAUAUUCCGCCUGUACCGCCUCUCCCUGAGGAACUUCGUUCGAGUGCUGCGAAGGUGAAGGUGAAUAGGUCACCUAAAAAGAGACCUGUCUCUGCCCCGGUGCUUUCUCCGUCGUCGGCUUCUGGUGCGGAUUCUGUGAUUUCUGGUCUUGGGGAUUACCACUGGCCUGAGGAUAUUUUCUGA